AUGUAUCCUAGGCCUGCUGAAAAGCUUCCGAAGGACCCAGAAUUCGGAUUCGAGAACUGGGACGAUCCAGAAGGGGCCGUAGAAUGGAAUCGCAUGGCCAACUACCUCAUCGAGUUGAAGGAGACAGGCGUCUUCGGUGAACACCACUCCGUCGGUGACGACGUCGUCUCGAAAUGGAAGAGUACAGCAAGGCAGAACGCCAAUCCCGGGGCGAGAAUCUUGUCUAUGUUGCCAAGGCUAGGCGAGAGGCCCGCUCCUACUACACGCCUGGCAAGUCUCGACUUUUAG